GUUAUUUGUUCUGCGCGAUCCAGAUCUUGAUUAGGGUUUCAUUCUGUAUCGCCGUUGCCGUCAUCGAGAGGAAAGGGUUUCUUCUUUCUUGAAAUCUCUAUCGCGAUUUCGAUUGUUUUGUAUUUCGGACAAUCUCGAAGAUGUCUCGUUGCUUUCCUUUCCCGCCUCCAGGGUAUAUCAGGAACAAUAGCGAUGCCUUGAUCAAUUCGAUUAAGCUCCGUGAGGAGAAGGAGAAGGCCAAGAAAGACAGGAAAGAGAAGAAGAGGGAGAAGAAGGAGAGAAAGAAAGAGAAGAAGGAAAGGAAACUUCAAGAAGCCAGUGUUGCUGCGGAGAAGUUGAAGCUCAUUGCAGAUGGCAAGUUACAAAAGGAUAUUGACAAUGAACUACUUGAAAGGAGUGGGAUAACAGAGGAACAUGACCAACCUGUCUCCUCUCAUCAGGAGCCUUGCUUGUCUGACAGUAGUCAAAGCAGCAAGAGGAAAAGGGAAGCUGAUCAUGGUCCUGCCAUUAAAAUUCGACUUCCACUGAGGAAACAUAGAGAGCCUGAAGAACCCAAAUCAGAAUAUCAAGUGGGGUCUUCUUCAGCACGUGUUGGGAAUGCAGAUUCCUUCACUCAACUUGCUAGUGCAAGUGAUCAUCGGUUACAGUCUAUCAGUAACAAUGAGAAUAAUCAGUUACCUGGAAAUUCUGAUUCCGGGCAUGGUAAAAGAUUGCAAAGUUUGGUUCCUGGUGAUACUCCGGUCUCAAACAUUAUACUUGAUGAUAAAAGUCGAAGGGAGUUUUCUUUGUAUGACUCUUUACUUCAGAUUCCUCAAGUUACGUAUGAUGGCUAUGAUUCAGCAGAUGAAGCCUGGUUAUUCAGGUCUGAACCGACUGAAGCAAAACCCAUAUCGAAGAAAUUGAAGUAUGAUUCAGAAGCUGCCUUACGAUGUUCAAGUUCCAUGUGGCCUCGUGCUCAGCAUUUACCCGAGGUUGGAAUAUAUGCGUUGCCGUACACUGUUCCAUUUUGAUUCUUUUGGAGGAUUGGUAACAAUAGGUCCCUUUCAAUAGGGAGCUGUUUUCUGCACUUGAGAGAACCAGUGCUUCAUUCUUUUGUUCUUUUCAAGAGAAAAACACCAAACAUGUAAUGUAGGCAAAGUUUUGCCUAAUAAUAUUUUUGUCAACAUGGUUGAUGAUGUAACUUUGUCUCCCAUAUCAGAAUACACUGUAGAAUGUACAUAUUAUGACGAUACGUGUUGUUAUUGUUUUGAGAA